UCCGCUUCCGCAGGCGAGGGCGGGGUUGACCAGAACGCAAACAAACGUCACGCGUCGCACAUGCUCGAGAUAUAUCCUCUCGAAGGUUACAAAGGAAAGCUUACUUUGGACAGACCUCAGCCAUGAUGACUGGAGAGGAGUUGCAAAUGUUUGAUCUAAGCUCAAAACUGCCUGUCCAGGAGUCAGGUUGCUCAUCUUCUGAAAUGGAACGGAAGACAAUCCUACCCCGAGAGAAUUCCCACAGUGAUGGUGGGUCAACCAUAUAUGGAGCAGCAGAUUAUACAAGACAAGAUUCAGUUCAAGCAGAAGCUGGUAAGAGUCGCAAAAUGAAAAAACCUCGCCGUAUCCUGCACUUCUCUGAUGGGACUCUUGAAGAAUAUAGUACGGAAGAUGAGGAGGAGGAAGAGAGUAAGCCAGAUUCUUUAGCUGUGUCAGAUCCUAAAGCAUUAACAUGGGGUCCAUGGAUCUAUUACUGGAUGCUGUACUCAGGCAGCUCAGUGCUUUCAGCCUGUGACUAUGUGGGUGAAAGCCUGGCAAAUUUCCUGGGCAUUACAGCACCGAAGUACCAAUAUGAAAUUGAUGAAUACAAUCGAGCUAUGGAAGAGGAAGCAAAGUUAAAAGAGGAUGAAGAAGCUGAAAUGGCAGGUUGGACGACAACUGGAGAAUUGUCCACAAACACUGCAAGUGGAGAGACUGUAUCUUCAGACCCCACUGCCCAACAGUCACAGCCAUCAUUGUGUACUCAGGGACAGGAUAUGUUGAGCACAAACAAAGAGGAGCAAGUAGAGUGUGAUGUUCCGAGCGGGAAAAAGGCAUCGACUUUGAAGGGCGCUUCGGCUGAAUGGCAGCGAUACUAGCCUGAUUUGUCACAAAGGACAGUAUACCUUAAGGGUUUCUUAGUGAAUGAAGCCUUUAGUAUUUUAAUGUUUUCUGAGAUGAUAUCAAGGUUGUUUUAAAGAAGUUUUCUAGUCCAUGAAUGAUCAGCAACAACUGCUCUUCAUCAUAAAAUCAUUCCCAGAGAACAUAGAUGAUUUGUAUGUUUUUGAACCUCAGAUCAAAGUUGAUUUUUCUGUUUUCCUUUUUUAAAGUCUGGUAUAGUACUAGAGAAUGGUUUUCUGACAAAGAUUAUUGUAUAUAUUUUUAAGUAAUUUGAGAUUGAUGGAUUGAUUGAUUAUCUUUAAAUUUUAUACUCUCUACAAACAUAUAAGGACCAGUGAAAGAGGAAGUUGUUAUGUAAGUUUAUACAUUUUAGUAUUAGAUAUCAUCUAUUAAAGUUGAAAGUCAAUAACUGUUUUAUGAUAUUUAUUUCUUAUACUCUGUCUUUGAAGGGGUUAACUCCUUUAUUGACCAACACACAAAAUAAUAGUCAUUUACACCUAGGCACACAUCUAUACCUACACUCAUAUGUAUUCAGUUAUCCACACCUACAUCCACACUCACAUCCACAUGCAUAUCUACAUUCACAUCCACAUCAACACCAAAAAUUCAUAGUCACACCUACAUCCACACCAACACUCAUACCCACAUACUUGUAAUCACCACACCCACCCACACAUUCUUGUAUUCCACACUUAUAAUCAAAGUAUUAUUGACAGAUUAUUCAUGAAUAAUUUCCUGCAGUUAGGCAUAUCAGCUAAGAGGUUUAAUAUUUUGAAAGCUAUAUUUACACUGCACCAGAGUUUAUAUAUGAUUGAUGCUUUAUGUAAUCAUGCACUCCAAAUAUUGUUAGUAGUAAUUACUUUGCAGAAGGUUUUAGCCCUUAAAGAAGAAAGUUCAAAGCUUCGUGUGCACAUUGGAUGGAGAAAAUUUCCUUUGAUUAGCUUUAAUUAACUUUUGUUUGUGCUCUGAUUGUUCUAAUUUGAUUAUUUAUGAAAUGUAUGUUUUGCACUUUUUUAACGACUGAAAAUAUGACCAUAACCAUAUUUUGAAGAACAUCAUUAGGUAUGAUGGUGUUAAUGUGAUGACAUGUGCCUUAUUGUUACACACUGAUGUAUGACAUAUAUAUUGAUAAAAUCUAGACAAGAAAAAGUUGAAAGAACACCUUAUAUUUAGCAUAAGAAGUUAAACAAAUCUUGACUUUGGAAACCUUGCUUAGAAUGAAUUUUUAGUUUGGAAUAUACAAAAUGUAACAUGUAAUUGUAUAUAAUCAAAGAAGAGUAUUUCACAUUGGCUGAACCUGAAACAUUUUAGGAUCUCAUUGCAUCAGUAUUCUGCUACAUGUGAAAAAAUAUUCAAAGCCAUGUAAAAAAUCAGGGCUUGUAAUCUAGAGAGUUAUUGCAGACAGUCCCACAUAGGAUAUUGCAUUGUGCAUUUCAAAUUUUCAGUAGUCUGCUACUAAGAAAUAUGAUAGGGAAAUGCCAAUAUUUAUUUGGUACUCUUGAUUGUUAUUUAUUCAAGGUUAAUCAAGAAAGGCACUGAAACCAUAACAAAAUCAUAUCAUAAUUGAACUAGAUAGACAUAAAAAAUGGUUAUUUAACUUACAAGCAUUGUAUUCUUGUACUGUUGUUGUCUCAUGACUGCUCUGAUAAGAUAAUUCUUCCAUCGUUAUUCUUUGGAAUGAAUCUUAAAUGAUAUGGUAUAGGUUAUUAAUAAUGAAAAUUAAAUGCACAAUUUAUUGAUUAUAGUCUCCAGAUUGCAAGCUUUGUUGUGAAUGUGUAAAAACUUCCCUGCACAAUUGUGUAGUUGGCUGUGUAAAAGUUUGCAGGUAUUAUAAUGACUGCAUAAGCUAAACGGUUUGAAUUCACUACUCACUGUUUUUCUGAGUGGCAUAAUUUGGUCAAGCUAAUCCUCAUGAAUGUUGUAUGUGCAACAGGAGCUAGAUGUACAAAUCUCAGACAUGACAAUAUUUCAUUGGCUAAUUUCAAUAAAAGAUGCUCCAGAAAUUGUUCUAAUUGAUAUCAGAGGACACCUAUCUAUGCCCUUGAGAUGGGUCUAACACCCUUAUUACAAGAUAUUUUAAGGGGACCUUAAAAUGUGUCUCAUCCCUUAACAGAAUUACUAGACCACUCUCUCUCCUCACCCUCGCCCUCAACCCUGAAAUUAUUGGAAGUUUUAAGGAAAGGCAGCAAAGGAGGGGUAACCAAGCCUUACAACCACCAUCAAUUCUUUUUUUAUUAUAAGUGAUGCAUUAGAAUGGCUUUAACAUAAUGAAUAAUCUAAUAGUUGUAGCACAGUAAUAUUUUUCCAGACUGCAUACUAAAUAUUUCCAAAUAUAUCAUACUCCUGUGAUUUUAUAUAGUGGUAUGUAGCACAAAAUUCAGGUUCACAAUAUUUUAGGUUCACAAAACUUCACAAAACUUCUUAGGUUCAGAUAACUAAACAUAUAAGAAAUUUUAGCAUACAUUUCUCUUAUCAUUAUGAUUUUCUAUAUGCUGUCCAUAGGGUAUGAGAAAAAAAAAGAAUAGUUUGUUGAAAUAAUAGGAUGAAGUAGGCAGAAUAAGGAUCAGAGCAUAUUACUCAGGCUCUCUGAAUGUGGUUAUUUUUGUAGGGCCAAAAAAUACCACAUUCCAGUUCCCUCCUAUACUCAUUCCCUCAUCCUUCCUUUUACACUCGGGGAAGAGAUUUAUGGCAAGUAACAGAGGCCUCUGGUAAUAAUUAGAAAAAAAUAUUGUACACUGGUUAUUGAAAUUAUGUGAAAUAGUGUCAGAUACAACAUUAGUGCAUUUUGAGGCUAUUAGUCGUUAGACAAUCUUUUGGUAACAGGUAUAUGAAUGCUGCCCAGAGUUCAGUUGCGAGUAAAGAAAGUAAUUUUUUUAUUUGUAUAGUUAAUAAAAUUACCAGGAGGGUAGGGUUUUAUGUCUUAUGAGAUUCCUGUUAUUUGACAUGUCAAAACAGUCAGUUACUUUAUUUGGUAACAUUGUUCUUAUUGUUUAGAAAAUAAAGCAUUUGCAUAAUUUUAGGACUUUUGAUUUUUAAAGAGAAAAGUUUAACUUGCAUUGAAGGAAUACUUUUGCCAUGUACCUAUAUAUGAAAUUUCAGCUCUAAAGAUAUAUUGAUGUUAGAAGCAACAGUAUUUAGUAAAGACAUCAUCAAAUAAUCUAAUAUGAUAUUUAGGAUUGUUAUUGGGCAUGAUUAUAGCAGGAAAGCUAAGAACAUGUUAAUGCAUUUUGUAAAUUAUUUUGCUUGUUAAUUUUGACUUGCAAGCAUUGAUAUCCUAUUAGACAUGGAGGUACAGGUAGCAUUAUGAAGAAGCAUUUUUUGUGUCAAGGUGUUUUUGAACAACACAAACAGUAUUAAGGUUUGUUGUGAUUUGAACUGAAUUUGAUUUCUCCAUGUUUAAUUGCAGGUUGUGAUAUUAUAAUUGUCUGAAUAUAAUUGCGUGAAUAUGAAUAAAUAUUUAUGAUAACAAAGAAACCCA